AUGGCUUGCAUCAGGUCUGACAUCCGCCAGCUCAAACUCUCUGCAGGAGCCCGAUGGAGGAGGGACAGGAUCUGGAGGCUUAUGUCUGUGACAGGAACAGAUCCUUUACUCCUGAGUAUCUGGUUUCAGUGGGUGUGGCAGAGGUAUCUGUCUGAUUGUGUUACAAAACAAGCAUAUGGACAUCACAAAAAAGUGGACUGCAGUGGUGACGAGGGCGUUCAGCUCAGGAAACUAAACGGGUCCUCAGUGGAGACACCGAGCUACCAGAACCUGCACCGGGAGCUGCUGCUCAGCCAUAAACGGGGUCUGCUGCAUGAGGAGAAACCGGAGCUGCAACGAGUGUUGGAGCAGCGCCGGCUGGAGCUGCACAGGGAGGAGGAGAUGGCACAGCGGCGGCCCUCAGAUCUGGAGACGGAGCUCCGCAAGAGGCAACAGAAGCUGCAAGAGUAUGAGCAGGAGGAGAUCAGACAGCGGGAGAACCAGCAGAAGAUCCCAGAGUUUGUCCGCGUGAAGGACAACCUGAGACGGACACAGACGUCUGAGCAUUGA